GGAUAAUAGAAAGGGCAAAGACAAUAACGUACGACGUCCUAGUAACUCCUGGGAGAGACAGAAUCUUCUCUCUCUGUCUCGCUCGCUCGUCUCGUCUUACGCGAAAAGAAUUAUGUUAUGACGAAGGGGGAGUGGUGAUAGCAGACCUACCUACCCUACCUACCUACCUACAUAGCAAUACCUUACCUUACCUGGUGACGACACAGACACAGACAGAGACACAGAUAGACAAGCAAAUUGAGUUGAGUGAGUGUGGGCCGAACAUUAGGUACCUACCUAGUCAGGUAGAGCAAAGAGUGAAGAGAUGGCGACGACGACAACGACCUUCCGCAAGACGACGCUCUCGCACGCGCAGAAGACGGUCCUGGCCAUGUCGCGCGCGCAGUACCUCGACGCGAUCCGCCACGCGCGCCCCGCGGACAAGCUGUACGUCGGCGUCUGCAUCUUCCGCAUGGACACGCAUAGUUCCCGGCCGUCGGUGCUGCUGCUGCGUCGCUCGGGGUCGUGUGGGUCGGCUGCUUCUUCGGGUUAUACUGCGGCUGAGUAUAGUGAUAAUGGUAAUGGUAAUAAUGCCUAUUACACACAUACAACAGCGAGGACGCCGACGAGCACGGAGUUUUCUUCUUCUUCGCACUGGGGGAAUGGGAAUAGCCAGCAGGCCAAGCAGCAGCCGCGGAACUCAAAUCCUGGUACCAGUGCCUACGACAUGGGGGAAGUGGUCGAAGGAGGACGAAGAAGAAGUUACCCCGGCGAUGGCGGCGGCGGUAACGGGAACAGUAGCCGGGGCAGAAACGUCAACGGCAGCGGGACCUGGGAGCUCCCCGGCGGCAAAGUCCGCGACGGCGACUUCUGCAUCUCCGCCGCCGUCGCGCGGCAAGUCGCGCACCAGACCGGGCUGCGCGUCGCGCGAGUGAUCGGCGCGCUGCAGGACGUGCGGCGCGUGCGGCAGGUAAGGAUCCUGGACUGGGAUGAUGAUGGCGUGGGGAUAUUCAGCACGUACGCGGACUUGGACGCGCUGGAUGGGGCGACGCUCACGAGUUUUGUGGUUGGAGGUGGUGGUGAUGGUGAUGGGGCGGGGGUUAGUAGUGGGGGGACGUUGAGUGGAGGGAGUAGGAGGGGGAGUUUGAGGGGGAGUUUAAGGGGGAGUCGGGAUGGGAGUGUGAGUGGUGGGAGUAUUUAUAGUGGGAGUAUUUACAGUGGGAGUUUUUAUGGUGAUAGUAUCUACAAUAACGAUGGCGGGGGCGGGGGUGGGAGCUGGGGUGGGAGGGAAAGGGAAAGAGAACGGGAACGAGAUCGAGAAAGAGGGAGAGGGAGCAUAGGAGGAGGUGUAGGCACAAGCGUGCUAUCAUCCUCCUCCUCGUGGGAUGCCACUGCCGCCGCUGCGCGCCCCUCGCCGGUACAUAGUCCGCAGCUGGUGCUGCGCAAGGAGUGUCUGCAGCUCAACUACGCGGUGCUGGUGAAGAGCCACGACGACCUGCGGAUCCAGUCGCGCGACCACGACGAGAUGGUUUGGGCUAGUUUUGGUCGCGCCGAGACGCUGGAUAUGCCCGAGGAGAUCAGGAUGGUGGUGAGGCAGGGGCUGGCGUUUGCGGCGGAGUAUUUGUUUUGAUGUUUGGAUAUACUACUAGUAAUAGACAUAUGUAGAGACUCUGAGGAGGGAAUCUGCUUUGAUAGUGGUUCUUACAUGUACGAAGUAUGAUCAUCUACUAU